AUGACGCGGGCCGCAGCGUUCCUGGCGCUGUGGCCACUGGCUGCCGCGACCGGCGAAUGCCCAUGCAUCACGAGCAGCUCUGCCCUAUACAGCCAGCUUCGAGCCGAGCUUACCGCGGAAGGGCUCGGGGCGGAUUACGGCACGGAAGGGUGCCGAGCCUACGACAAUGAGAACCGGUCGCGGUCGCUGUUUGGGUGCAAUGGGACAGCGCAGGUGUCUCAAUGUGAGAAUCCCUGGUGCUUCGUGGACAUGACGGUCUGCCCCUUCAGCCUGGACCGCUGUGCGGCGGCCGGGGCCGCGCCCGGCAGUGACGACUCGCCACACUGCCGCACCCGCCGGACGGAGGACAAGACGAUUCUCAACACGUCCUGGUCCUACAGCUACGAGACAUGUGGCUCCGUGAACAUCGACUCGAUACGUCACAGCGUCGCCAUCGGCGGAUAUGUCAUCAAGAUUGCUGCCACAGCCUGGGCGCCAUGGGUCGUGGAACGCGGAGGGGAAUUCGGUGGCCCCAGCUACGACUUCUUCACCCAGUCCUUGAAGCUCUUCGAUCCCAUUCCCACCGUCAGGCUCAUCCCGGGUUGGGCCACGGAGCAGUCCAGGCGGAAGUUCGCGAGCUCCUACACGGCCUGCGUGCACGACGUGGCGGUUGGGAACUUCGACCUUUGCAUCGCCGACCUUUGGCUCACGCCCGAGCGGAACAGCGUCGCCAACUUCCUGCCGCCACUCAGGCAGGACUUCUUCUACCUCGUUGUCCCGAAGACCAUCGAGGAGGUCACCUUCUGGAGUUAUCUUGCGUCGCCCUUUCGGCCUUUCAGUGUUGAUGCCUGGCUGGGCGUGGUAGCCUUCCUUUGCGGCAUGUCGCUGCUUCUCUGGCUGAUGCAGCUCAGCGACGCGGGGUUCUGCAGCCGCAGGCAAAAAUUCUCAUGGAGCCUAGCAGAGUUCGGGAAUUCCUUGUUCGUCGUGUGGCAUGACUUUCUUCUGGGCCAAAGCAGCCACGAUGUCGAGAAUGGCCCCGCGCGCAAGCUGAUCAGCGUCGCUUUUUCCUUCUUCAUCCUCAUCAUUCUCGCCAGCUACACGGCGAGCUUGGCAUCGAUAUUGGUCGUGAAGCGCGGGGCUGUGGGUGAGAUUUCCAGCAUCGACGAGGCCAUUGAGAAGGGAGUCUCGAUCUGCGUGCCGAGUGUGCUGGGCCCGACGUUCACGAACCUGUACAGUCGGGCCAGCUUCGUGCUCGUGGGCUCCCAAGAGCAUUCCCCUCGUCGCAUGCACGCCGGAGACUGCAAAGCCAUGGUGGUGUCGCAGGACGUCAUAGACAGCUUGCAUGCGGGCUACAUCAAAGAACAAGACUGCAAUGAAGUGCAAGUCACCCAGACAGUCACCGAAGAUGAAGGCCGCUGUGAAACAGAUUAUCUGGGGAGGACGCGUGACGACUGCAACUUCAUCAGGGUUGGGGAGAUGCUCUGGAGCGUCCCACUGUCCUUCCCCGUCAGCGAGAAGUUAUUGCACAGCCUGUCCUGGGCAUUUACGACUGGGCUGACGGACGGGCUUCUGGAGGAGGUGAAGGGCAACAAGCUCAACAAGGAUGGCUUUCCCGUGCCAAACUGUGCGGCGGAGGAAGGGAACGACGACGGUGUGCUAAGCCUGGAAGACCUCAGUGGCACCUUCUUCAUCUCCGUCUUCAUCGCCGCCGCUGGCCUGGUAUGCUUCGUCUUCGAGACCCUUCGCAAGGGGCGCUCCAGCGCGGAGGAAGGCCUCGGAGUCGUCGAUCCGCAGGAAUCGCAAGACAUCCCCAAGGCGAACGUCUUCCUGGAGACAGCCAAGGCGGAAGAGCGUUUGGCGGCGCAGCCCGAUGGCAUUCCCAAGGCCCGCUCCCUGGAGUCGGAGGAGCUUCCCAACCAAAAGGUCCAAGCCGCAGCCUUCGACCUGGAUGACUGUCUGCAGAUGUCUCGCAUCUGA